AGAGAGAGAGAGAGAGAGAGAGAGAGAGAGAGAGAGAGAGAGGAGAGGCGCACACACCGCAGAGUCGAUUAGGGAAUACAAACAAUAAACAGGACAGCGAAGAAGAGGAGAUUUUACCCGCUGGGAAGACGACAGAAGACGAGUGAGUGUUCCUGCGAUGCAAUUGGCCGAGGGACUGGAAGUGAGGGCGGUGCGGAGGUCGGCCAUGGUGCACACAGAGGUCACGACCCCCGGGGUCACGGAGCAUGCUCACAACGAGACAGGGCCGAUGAAAGAGCACGACGUCUUCACAAACAUGAGAAGCAAGUUUAUGAACGACCUGCACAAGAUCCCACUGCCUCUGUGGGUUCUGGCUGGUAUUGUGAUCGUCACCACCCUGCUGCUGCUCUGCUGCUGCGCCUGCCUUUUCAAGAAGUGCUGCGGCCGCAGGAAGAAGGGCAAGAAGGGCAAGAAGGCGCAAAUCAACAUGAAGGACGUCAAAGGCAUGGGAGACAGCACCGUGGACAAGGUGCAGCUGGAUGUCGAUGAUCUGGACUCGGGGCUGGCUGAGGGGAGGAAGGAGGAGAAGCUGGGCCGACUACAGUACAGCCUGGACUACGACUUUCAGAACGGACAGUUGAUUGUAGGUAUUAUCUCAGCUGAGGAUUUGCAGGCGAUGGAUUUGGGGGGCACGUCAGACCCCUAUGUGAAGGUCUACCUGCUCCCAGACAAGAAGAAGAAAUUCGAGACCAAAGUGCAUCGCAAGACCCUGAACCCCUCCUUCAACGAGUCCUUCAGAUUCAAGAUCCCCUAUGCUGAGCUCGGUGGUAAGACUCUGGUCAUGUCGGUCUACGAUUUCGACCGCUUCUCCAAACACGACGCCAUCGGGGAGGUGAAGGUUCCCAUGAGUCAGGUGGACCUGGCACAUCUCAUCGAAGAGUGGAAAGAUCUGGAAAGCGCAGAGAAAGAAGAGGUAGAGCAGUUAGGUGAUAUUUGUUUCUCUCUGCGCUAUGUUCCCACCGCUGGCAAACUCUCUGUCAUCAUACUGGAGGCGAAGAACCUGAAGAAGAUGGAUGUAGGAGGGCUGUCAGAUCCCUAUGUGAAGAUCCACUUGAUGCAGAAUGGAAAGAGGCUGAAAAAGAAGAAGACGACGAUCAAGAAGAACACAUUGAACCCGUACUACAACGAGUCCUUCAGCUUCGAGGUGCCAUUCGAGCAGAUCCAGAAGGUGCAGGUGGUCAUCACGGCGCUGGACUAUGACAAGCUGGGGAAGAACGACGCGAUCGGCAAGGUGUUCGUCGGCUACAACUCCACCGGGACGGAGCUCCGCCAUUGGUCAGACAUGCUGGCCAAUCCGAGGCGCCCGAUCGCGCAGUGGCACACCCUCAAACCGGAAGAGGACAUAGACGCCGCCCUGGCCGUCAAGACCCGCUGAGCUCACUUCCUGUCAAUCCCAACCAAGCUCGGCGCUGGUCAGAACUGUUUCCUGUCGCCCCUCCCCUCGCUUGUAAAGUGUACGAUAUUUUGUUUGUAAACUUUACACAGGAUGCCUGUCAAGUUUAUUUCUCGUGUACUUUGCUUCGUGCUCCUGUCAAGUUUGUUUUUAGUUGUCAUACAGUGCCCUUGUAAAGUUUGUUUUUUGCUUGUAAACUUCAGUGGACCUUGUAAAGUUUGGUUUUAUUUGUAGACUUUACAUAGGGCUCUUACAAAGUUUUAUUUUUAGUAAACUUUACUUAGCUUGUCUGUAAAGUUUGUUUUUAUUUGAAAAAGCUGGGUUUUGUUUGUUUAACUUUGCUUUGAGUACUUGUAAAGUUUAUUUUUCACAAUGUGUCAACUUAAACCUAACAAAAUAACUCUCUGAAUCUCUCCUGUCCAGCCCUUGCAAUUUGCUAAUCAGCUCUCCCAUGGAAAGAUAUUUCAGCAGAACAUGGUGCGGGACAGGCAGGGGAGAUUCAGAGAGUUAUUCUAGGAGCUGUGUAGUGAAUGGAGGUGCGGACAGACAGGGGAGAU